AUGGCGCAAUGUCAAUUGAACUUUCAGAAAGAAAUUUCAUGGAAAUGCAGAGUCUCCAUUAACAGAGUCACAAGAAUUUGUUGUUUUCCAAAAAGAUUGCAGAUUGCUGAGUGUUGCGAUCGACAAUCUUUUCCACUUCCAUUAACAACAACAUCAACAACAAGAAGAUCAAUUGAAGAAGUGAAGUCACAAAGAAGCAAUGAAUACGAAAUGAAUGAUUUGUGGAAAGUGAGAAGAGUAAUUGAGAGUGAAGAAGAGAUGAUGGAAGUUGCUGCUAUUCAAGCUGAUGCCUUUUAUGAACAAGAAAUGAUGGAAGUUUACUCCAAUGAUUUCUUCUUUCAAUUCUUUAAGGUUGAACAAUUCUCAAAUCUUUAUUACAGACUCAAGCAUUAUGCACCAGACAGGUAUGCAUGUUUAGUUGCGGAGGCCGCCUCAAGUGAUGAGGAAGAACAACAUCUUGUAGGAGUCAUUGAUGCUACAGUGAAUGAAGAUAAAGAUAUCCUUCAGUACCUGCCGUUAGCAACAAAAUAUAUCUAUAUUUCUGGGAUUGCUGUAUUGACCAAAUUCAGGAGGCAGAAAGUUGGAACUGCUUUGCUUAAGGCAUGUGAUGUUCUUGCAAGAGUUUGGGGUAUUGAAUAUCUAGUCCUAAAGGCUUACGAGGAUGAUUUUGGUGCUCGAAAAUUAUAUACAAAUGCCGGUUAUAAACUAGUUUCAGCUGAUGCUCCAUCAAAGACAAGGUGGAUUCCUGAAAGAAGACGAGUUCUUAUGGUUAAACAGAGUUACAAAGCUGACAACUCUGUGCUUACAGAAGAGGAACUUCCCAACAAAGGUGUUGUGAUUUGUGAAUGGACAUUGAGUCUGGAAUCUUAA